CCUGGGAGAAACGAAUGUCUUACAGCAACUGGGGAGAAAGAAAGACAAGUGCUGGAGUCCCUCGCUGGCCUUUCUCUUCUCUCUCCUUCGACUUCCAGGGCGGACAACUAGGUCUGGUCCACCUGGCCCAAGUGAGUGAGUCCACCGGGGCGGCUUGGGCUCCUCCUCUCCCUCACAUCACCCUCGGCCGCCGGUGCCCGGGCUCUGGGUUUCCGCCCCGCCCAGCGGCGGCCCAGCUGCCAGGGUGGCUUCACCUCACACUUAGGGACAGAGAAUGGAGGGCGGGAGCUGGAGGCCCGUGUUUCUUUUGUGUAGGGGACACCGGGGUCUGCCAGAAAAGGGAGGCGGCCGAGGCUACGGAAGAGAGAACAAGGGGUAGCGCGGCUGGCCCAGCUCAGGUGUGCACAGGGACUGUCCGGUGCAGGCUCCCAGGUGACUGGCCUGGGGAGGGCUUGUCAGAGCCGAAGGGCGGGGGAAGCUACUCUUGUCGUCUGGCUGAGGAGCUCAAGUGCAUGGUCCUGUGCCAACCUGCUCUGUCCAGGCAGGAGAAAAUCUCCCGGGCUCUACGUCCGCCACAGCUCGCGGACCUGGACACUGGGAGGACAGAGCCAGCUUCUGAAAGACCUGCGGCUGUCCGGCUGCAGCGGGGGAGGACAGAAGCACCUUCCUCAGCUUCGCCCGGGGGUAGUCCCAGAGCCCGAGACGCGGGGGGACCAGCCCGGAGGCUUGCACGAGUUCCUGGGGAAAGUUCUCUCCCAGGCGAGAUGGGGGCGAUUCCGGGAGCCAGGGGCCCUCCCGCUGGGAAGACAAGCUCAGGAUCUGAGAGCCAGGUCGUUUUUCCUGCAGCCCCAGAGGCCCUGGCUGGGAGCGGAGGACAAUGAAGGAACGGGUGGCCUCUCGCCGAAGGGCUAGUCUGCAGCUGAGAGCGAUGAGUCAGUCGGCCUUGUCCCAUCUAAACCUGUGGUCCAGCUGGGCUCCAGGACGGUCACUUGUUCAGCUGUGACCGUUUCCAGAAGGUGAAGGCUGGAGCGAAGCAGAGGGGCAGGGUCACAGUGAAUAAAGCUCAGCGCUGCACCCCAGCACUCCACGCCCUUCCAGCCUCCAGCAACAAUCCUGGACCCGUGGGCACACUAGCUCUGAAGCAGCAGUGACCCCUGGUGGGUCCUGGGAAUCGGGCAAAGACUGGAACAGGUGCAAUUUACUGAUUAAAACAGACAUGUUGGAAGCAAGUUAACGAAUAAUCAAAGCUUUAUAGGAGGAGUGAAUCAAAUAAGGCAGGCAUGAAAGAAGAAGACCUGUUCUGAAGGAAUUCUGAAGGAAGCUGAAGGAAUUCCUCACUGGGAAAUCAGUUGGUCAGGAAGCUACACUGCUGCCAUGACAUUCAAAGACAGUAGCAAGACAUCUGUGGAACCUGAAGUGGCCAUUCACCAAAUUUGAAUCACCCUCAAUGUUCAGUUGCAAGGUUAAAUCCUUCCAGAAGGUGUGCACUGACUUAAUUAGAGGAGCCAAAGAAAAGAACUUGAAAGCAAAAGGACCUGUUUACAUGCUCACUAAGAUACUUCUGAAUCACAACCUGAAAAAUUCAUUGCUGUGAAGUUUUAAAGAUUUGAUAUAAAUUCCAGAUAAGAAUCCACAAACUGCUUCAUUGAUGUGUGUAGUCUUUCUGAGAUUGUUAAACAAGAAAUCAUUUAAACAGUAGAUCACUUCUAGCAGCUUUGAACCAAGUGUAGAAGUUGAAGUCGCCAUUGCAGAUGCCUUGUGAAGACUGCUACUUCUCCCUUCCCUCUUCCCUCAUCUCAAGAGACUGAAAACUCCUGUAGAAGACAGCAUUUUAGUGGUAACUUGAAAGAAGCCAGGAAAUCCAGGAAGUGGGGAUAAAGAUGGAGAGCAUUCUCGGCAUGGGAGACAGCCACUGAAAGUGCCUGGAGUUGGGAGGUAGAGUGUCUUUUUAAGAGAAGCAACAAGGAAAACAUGGGGGGGGAGGGGGAGGCAGUGUAAGGUAAAUGAAGACUGGAAAGAUGAGGGGGGAUUAGGUUCUAAAUGACUCUGAAUGUCAAAAAGAGGACUUAUCUUCUAGUAGAUAGAGAGACACCGGAGUAUAUUGAGUAGAAUGGGUGACAUGGUUAGACCUGUGCUUUAGAUCAAUCAAUUUCGUGGCUAAGUGGAGGAUAGAUUAGAGUGGUAGGGACUGGUGGCAGGUAGAGUACCUGACAGACUAUUACCCCAUUCGUGAAAACCUCUAUUCUGUUAUAAAGACUUGACAAAAAAAAAAAGAGCCAUUCCCCAAAUUGAUAAAUUAUCAAAGGAUGUGA